UCUUCCAUGGCAGCGCUGAGGAUAUCGAGAGCUGAUUGCCUUAUCUGCUCCUCAUGAGUAGCCUCCGUCGUCCUUAGCCAUUCACAAAAAAAAAAAAGCAGUACCUUGUGACUUUUUAUUGCAAUGGAAGCUACGACGAAGAACUUGGUUUCUUCAGCUCCUUCGUUUCCGACAAAGACACAUCUCAAGAACGGCUUCUCUUCUCCUUCCUCUGUGGUGAUGCUUCAUGAGCAAACAGCAACACCUGUUAUAAACUCACGUCAUCUCGCCUCUCUCUCUCGACAUUUCCCUGCGUCUGUUCUCUCACAGGAGCCACGGGAAGAGUCUUCUAGACCUCCUCCUCCUCCUCUCUCACACUCCUCAAGAGAAGACAGAACUUCUCAGCAGUUGACUCUGGAGAGAAGACAGUUUGAUGGUUUAGUCUCAUCUCGAGAAGAUGAGAAAUUCGAACAGCAACUGCUUCAAUCUGCUGGUUUAUGGAACUUGUUGAUGUCUCCUGUAUCUCCCUUAGAAGAUGUGGUUGCACUAGCUCAGAAGGCUUUAUCAGCUUCUAAACAAGCUGCAUUGUUAUCUGAAGACUCUGAAACGGUUUCAUCUAACAGUCUUGUGGAUUCUCUCUCCACUAGCUCAUCCAUGUCCUCCUUACCAGAAGAAGGAACAAUCGUUAGAUCUAAGAAGCUACUCGAGAGACGAGCGAGAAACAGAAGAGCUCCAAAACCAAACGGUUUAGACAACGAGAGUAGUUACAUUCCUCAGAAAGUUAACGCCAAGAAGAAGAUGAGACAAGGGUUUGAUAACGAUGAUGCGCUCCAGCUCUUCUUGUGGGGACCUGAGACGAAACAGCUUCUCACUGCUAAAGAGGAAGCUGAGCUCAUAACACAUAUACAGAAUUUGAUAAAGUUGGAGAAGGUGAAGGCUAAGCUUGAAUCUCAAAAUGGAUGUGAACCAACGAUAGCUGAGUGGGCUGAAGCUUUGGGGAUAAGUCGACCUGUCUUGAAAUCUGAAAUCCACCGCGGUAGAAGCAGCAGGGAGAAGCUGAUUACUGCAAACUUGCGUCUGGUGGUCCAUAUAGCUAAACAGUAUCAGAACCGUGGACUCAACUUUCAGGACUUAUUGCAGGAAGGAAGCAUGGGGCUAAUGAAGAGUGUAGAGAAGUUCAAACCACAGUCCGGUUGCAGAUUCGCUACCUACGCAUACUGGUGGAUUCGUCAAUCCAUAAGAAAGUCUAUAUUUCAAAACUCCAGGACAAUACGUUUGCCGGAGAACGUGUACAUGCUACUGGGCAAAGUAUCCGAAGCAAGAAAGACGUGCGUGCAAGAAGGGAACUACCUUCCAAGCAAAGAAGAACUCGCAGGCCACGUUGGUGUUUCAACAGAGAAGCUUGAUAAGCUUCUUUACAAUACUAGAACGCCUCUAUCAAUGCAACAGCCCAUUUGGUCUGAUCAAGACAUCACCUUUCAGGAAGUGACACCAGACAGUGGGAUUGAGACACCGGACAUGAGCGUAGGGAAGCAGAUGAUGAGGAACCAUGUAAGGAAUCUCCUCAAUGUGCUGAGCCCCAAGGAGAGGAAGAUCAUCAAGCUGAGGUUUGGGAUCGAUGGUGGGAAGCAGAGAUCGCUGUCUGAGAUAGGAGAGAUUUAUGGACUGUCCAAGGAGAGGGUAAGGCAGCUAGAGAGCAGGGCGUUGUAUAGGCUUAAGCAGAACAUGAACAGUCAUGGACUCAAUGCUUAUGCUGAUUUGCUUGUCUAGCUCAUAUGGUGAUACUGGCUUUCUUCUAUUGUGUAUACAAAAAUAUACUUUUGUUAUAAAAGGGUUUUGUUGAUAUUAUGAGGAAUAGUGUUUUCAAUUUU